UUGCCUUAUUAGGGAAACACUUCCAGUGCAUGGGCAUCAACACAGCGGAACAGAGCUAGGAGGUAAACAGAUGGCAAGAUAGCAUCAGAAUCUGAUACAUUAUUAGUAUGCUAAGAACAUAAAUGCAGAUAAACAUCUUGAGUAACUUGAUGUGGAGUUACGUUAACUGAAAGGCAAGAACUAUUUAAUAAUUUGCAAAGAAAGAGAAUCUCACUGUUUCUUUGGUGCUUGGACAGAAACCAGAAAAGAAGUGUUCUGUUUAUUCCGUGGGUGUUUCUUUGGAUGCUCCUAACUUUUUGACCUCUCUAUAAAUGGGGGCCCCUCACUGGGCCAGUUCGAAGAUGCAUUUCACCAAUCAGAGUUGAGUUGCAUGUCUGCAACAGUUUAUAUUAAAAUGUUACAUGGGUAGCCUUAUAUGGCUAUGAACCUAUCUGUUACUCUUCUACUUGUGCGUGUGUGUGGAAGAUGGACACAUCAUGGGAAUGUCUCCUAGAUAAAAUAGCUUCCUGUGCUGUUUUGCUUCACCACAAAGUGAAUUGGCACCAGGUUCCGCCCCCUGUCAUUCGAGGUGCCCAAACCCCUGUUUCCCGUGGCAGGAGUUCCCAUGCUGCAGCAUCAUAUAGAAGCCUGUGCCCAAGUUCCUGAAAUGAAAGAGAUCAUACUAAUAGGUUUUUAUCAGCCCAAUGACGAGCUAAACCGCUUUAUUUCUUCUGCACAGCAAGAGUUUAAAAUCCCAAUCAGGUACCUGCAGGAGUUUGCCGCCCUGGGUACAGGAGGUGGGAUCUAUCACUUUCGUGACCAGAUCUUGUCUGGGGGUCCGGCUGCAUUUUUCCUCAUGAAUGCUGAUGUAUGCUCUGAGUUCCCCUUGCAGGAAAUGCUCCAGUUCCACCGUCAACAUGGCGAGAAUCAUUGUGGAGUCUUACUUGGGACAACAGCCAAUAGAACACAAUCUCUGAACUACGGCUGCAUUGUGGAAAACCAUGAGACAAAUGAGGUGCUCCAUUUUGUGGAGAAACCCAGUACUUUUGUAAGUGACAUUAUCAACUGUGGGAUCUAUUUGUUCACACCAGAUAUUUUUGGCCACAUUGGGAUGGUUUUCCAGAGGAACCAGCGGGAGAGGAUCCAGGAAGAACUCACUAAUGGCAAGCAGAUGUCAGAGGUGAUUCGGCUAGAACAGGACAUCUUUACAACCCUAGCAGGACAGAAAAAACUCUUUGUCUACAAAACACAGCAUUUCUGGAGUCAGAUAAAGUCUGCAGGGUCAGCAAUAUAUGCUAGUCGUUUGUACCUCAAGCAGUACCAUCAGACACAUCCUGAAAGACUGGCCACAAACCAAGAUGGAAGCCCCAAAAUAAUAGGGGAUGUUUAUAUCCACCCUACAGCAAACAUUGAUCCCUCUGCUGUGUUGGGUCCUAAUGUUUCCGUCGGCAAAGGGGUGACGAUUGGAGGAGGCGUAAGAUUGAGGGAGUCCAUUAUUUUACAUGGAGCCGUGUUACAGGAUCACUGUUGUGUGUUGAACAGUAUUGUUGGGUGGGACAGUACAGUGGGGAAAUGGGCAAGAGUUGAAGGAACUCCAAGUGACCCCAAUCCCAACGACCCAUAUGCCAAGAUUGACAGCGAGACUCUGUUCAGAGAUGGAGGUCUAACCCCAUCCAUCACCAUCCUUGGCUGCAACGUGAGUAUUCCAUCAGAGGUCAUCAUUCGGAACUCUAUCGUCUUGCCUCAUAAAGAUCUCAACAGGAGCUUCCAAAACCAGAUUAUCCUAUAGAAGACACUUUCCUCUGCUGUCUUUGUGAAUAAACACUGUACAUUAGGUCAUGUAGAAAGUAUAUAGCCUAAAGAUUGCACUAAGUUCUGUUUAUUGUUUAUCAUUAUUUAGUGUUUAUGUAUUUGGUAGUUACAGUCUAAAUAAGAAAAAUAAGUCCACUUGUGUGGUCAAUUUGUAUUGCAGUAAUAUAGCGUGAAAAAUAUUGUUCAAUGGGGUUCAGUUUUCCUGAUAAUUUUAAGACUGGGAAUUUUGUAUUUAAUAUCUUGUUCUAAGUUGAUACAGCAGCCGUAUACACAUAUAGUAGAUGACAGUUGUAGACAACACAACAGUUUACUUUUAUUUUAGUUUUAUUCCAUAAUUACAAAUCAGACAUACCUGUAUUGCCUUUUCAGUAAAAUGAAGAGUGAGAAAUUUGAAGGUACAUAUUUUUUGGUAGGAAAGGAAAAGAUGGUGAUAAGGUUUUGAAUUUUAACAAUAAAAAUUUUAAAUUAAUAAAUAAAUAAUGAUUUUAUUUCUGAA